AUGACCUCACAAUACAGUCUACAAGAUGGUUUUUCAUACAAAUUCAGCACAAGUCCAUAUAAUGAACGAGAUAACGGUGAUACUUUUAUUGCCCUCCUUUUCACGCUAUGUGGUUCGUGUGUGUCCAGUUGGAUGUUAAGUUUGUUGUUGUAUUUGACUCAGAAACAUAGGAAAAAGCCAUGGUUGGCUCAAGUCACGACAAUCUUUUAUGCCAUAUUUACCAGUGUGUUACUUGACAGACUAACUAAAGCAGCUGAAGUUGAAUAUUAUGACGAUAACUUGGACAUUAUUAAUUUAAAUUAUAAGCUUUACGACAACAAUGUUUAUCGUAUAUUGACGAUUUUGACGCAGGCGUUCACUAUGCUGUCUUGGUUCCAAAUUAUUCAACGACUAGUACGAGUAAAGUACAAGUUUGCUACUUUAAUUAUCAACUUCAUAAUUAUGGGAGCGUAUAUUGCCGUUUACGUAUACUUUCAAGUCCAGUUCACCACGCGAGAUUACAUAAAUCAGGAGUUUGAAAAUUUCUCAUUAUAUUAUCGUUGGGAUAUUGCAUGUACUGCUUUGAGGCUAGUGGUGAUUUUUUGGUUUCUUGGUGUGCUUGCAUAUUACACAACCAUUGUUAAGAAUCCACGGAAAAUAUGCUAUUCAAGGAAGUUGCUACCUUUGGCCAUCUUGGUUUGGUUUUUCUUUGUCUUGAACAUUGUCUUGAACAUUCUUUACAUAUCACUAUUCAGAAAGCGGUGGUUGGUAAGAACAUGGUUGGUUCUUAUUCCAUGCUUGAUAGACGUCAUUUUGUUGACAAUUAUUUGGGAAUGGAUUUACAAUAUUUGGAUUCUUGAGAAGAGAUGUGAACUUAUGAAUGUUCUUGGAAGGAGAAUAAGUUAUGAAGAUAUUGUUAGUUUCAAAAAUAACGACUCAGCCAGGAAAGCUAUCAAUCUAGGCAAUUUUGUGGAUUGGAUAAUCAGCAAGUUCACAGGUCAAACGACAAUCAACCAUGUGGAGGAGAGGUCGGAUGAUAGCUUAAAGGAGUAUUUCACACUGACAAAUUCUGAAGGUUCAGAAGAAAGGGCUAUGAUGUCUCGCACGCAGGAUCGUGACUCAAAUCAGGGGGAAACCCACCCAAUACCAAACUAUCACGAAACCUCCAUCCCACUACACCAUGUCAGGCACAAUUCAAGUGGUGGUGCACGAAUAACACAAGCUGAUGGGAUUGACCCCAGUCCUAUUUCAGGUCACGAAAGCGAGCGCAACAGCCAAAUUUUCACAGGCAAUAAUGACAAUUUUGAUGACGAGUACGUGAACGACUAUGAAAUGUGGAGCGAUGACGAUGGAGGGCUUAGUAUGAACGGCAGUGGUGGCCACAGAAACGUUGGCAUGAGCUGA